AAUGCGACACUUUUAGCUUCCGGUGUAGAAACACGGAGGGGGCAGACGCCGCCGUGGUUCUAAUGUCGGUUUAUUCGGCUCUUGAAUUCAUGUUGUUCGUGUGAAUUCCCUGAUUAUGACGUUAAUGUAUUUACGUUUGUGUUUUUAAUCUUAACGUUUGGUCCACGCGCUUGUGUCGCAGCAGCAGGGUUAGCGCGUGCACGUUAACCUUGGCGUGCGUGACGGUAGUUUUGUUUGUGGUGACCCUACCGACGAAUACAACAUGUCAGGUGCCUGUCGCGGUUUGAGCUCUCUGCCAGUCAAGAUCCUGGCAGAAGCUUCACUUUUGUCACCUUGCCCGUGGUUUGUGUCGGCACGCAGCAAAUUUACCAAAGCAAGAAUCCCAAAAGAGCUGUUUGCAGAGAGAUCAAAAGAGCACGAGAAAUACGGGGGAGAUCCAGACCAACCUCACAAACUGCACCUGGUGACACGAGUGAAAAGUGUGAUGCGAAGACCGUAUUGGGAGAAAGAGAUUGUGAAACACCUGGGGCUCGAAAAGGCACAUACACCUGUAAUCCACAAGAAUACGCCUGCAGUCAACAGCCAACUGAAGUUCGUCAAGCACCUUGUAAGGAUCCAGCCGCUGAGGACGCCCUACGGACUCCCUGCUGAACAGGACAUGGGUGACGCCUACAUUAACAGCAGAGGAGAGUUGAUUGUUCGUCGCCUCCUCCAACCUGUAGAGCCCAAGGCUAUCGCGUCUUAGUGCCACAUUCAAUUAUAUCUAUUAAUAGUUACGUUGUUCAUAAAUAUCUACAGCUCCCCGUUGUGGUGCCGAUACACUGAGAAAGUUGUUUGUUUUGAAUGGGUUCUGGAUUUACUCAAAUACGUGUCCAAUAAAUAACUAUUUAUCAAUCAUGAUUGAAAUAUUGCUGUUUUCCGUGACGAGUUAGAAAGAGAAUUCAGAUUCUUUAUUGAACCACAUGAAUUAAAAACCUUUUCAAA